UUUAGCCAAUUAGAUUUGGAGCAAAAUAUUUUACUGCAGUCUUUUGUGCAGUCAUUCGCUGUUUCUUUCGAGGGCACAAAAAGCCCAAAUUAUCGCCUGUGUUGAUGUCACAUCAAUAAACGUGAAUCAUUUUUGUCAAAACAUCGAUUUAAAAAUAAAUAUUUACAAAAAUGGCUUUACUGCGCAUGAAAGCAGCUAAAUGCCCAUCAGACGAGUUAGCACUCACAAAUUGUGCCCUUGUCCACCCAGAUGAUUUUCCCAGUGAUGUAAAGCACAUUGAGGUGGCUACGGGUCCAUCUCAACAUUACAUCUUCAGCAUAAGAUUUUUUAGUGGAGUGGAAAGAGGAACAGUGGGAUUUUCAUCACCGCAGCGAAAAUGGGCUACACUUUCUAUUGGACAGCCAAUUGAAGUAAAACCAUUCAAACCCCAAAAUGCUGACUGCUUGUGCAGUGUCACAUUGGAAGCUGAUUUCAUGCUCAAGAAAACAACUUCUAUGGAGCCCUACGACUCCGAGCAAAUGGCACGAGACUUUCUCAUCCAAUUUGGAAACCAAAUCUUCACUGUGGGACAGCAACUGGCUUUCUCCUUCCAAGAUAAGAAAGUACUUUCAUUGAUUGUCAAGAACUUGGAAGCUGUGGAUGUAAAGGCAUUAGCGGCCGGUGCCAACGCGGUGCCGCGUCGGGUGAGGAUGGGUCGACUGCUGCCCGACGCGUGUAUCCAGUUCGACAAAGCAGAGAACUCCUCCCUCAACCUGGUCGGUAAAGCUAAGGGAAAGCAACCUCGUCAAUCAAUCAUCAAUCCCGACUGGGACUUCGGCAAGAUGGGCAUUGGUGGUUUGGACAAGGAGUUCAACGCUAUAUUCCGACGAGCGUUCGCCUCGCGCGUCUUUCCGCCAGAGGUGGUGGAGCAGUUGGGUUGCAAGCACGUCAAAGGUAUUCUCCUCUAUGGGCCUCCCGGUACCGGCAAAACGCUAAUGGCUCGUCAGAUCGGCAAGAUGUUGAACGCUCGUGAACCGAAGAUUGUCAACGGUCCGCAGAUCUUGGACAAAUAUGUCGGUGAGAGUGAGGCCAAUAUCCGACGGCUGUUCGCUGAUGCUGAGGAAGAAGAGAAAAGGUGCGGCCCCAACAGCGGUCUACACAUAAUCAUCUUCGACGAAAUCGAUGCUAUCUGCAAAGCUCGUGGUUCGGUCGGCGGCAACACGGGAGUUCAUGACACCGUCGUUAACCAGUUGCUGUCUAAAAUUGACGGUGUGGAUCAACUGAACAACAUUCUAGUCAUUGGUAUGACAAACAGACGGGACAUGAUUGACGAGGCCCUCAUGAGACCUGGUCGAUUGGAAGUCCAGAUGGAGAUCGGUCUACCUGAUGAGAACGGCCGAGUACAGAUCCUGAAUAUACACACCAAACGCAUGCGAGAGUAUAAGAAGAUCGCUGAAGAUGUUGAUAGCAAGGAGCUAGCGGCGCUAACCAAGAACUUCUCUGGUGCGGAGCUUGAGGGUCUGGUGCGAGCCGCUCAGUCCACAGCCAUGAACCGCCUCAUCAAGGCCUCAAGCAAGGUGGAAGUGGAUCCCGAAGCCAUGGAGAAACUCAUGGUGGAGAAGGGAGACUUCCUCCAUGCGCUGGAGAAUGACGUCAAACCGGCGUUCGGUACAGCAGCCGAGGCGUUAGAACACUUCCUGUCUCGUGGUAUCAUCAAUUGGGGUUCCCCGGUUUCAUCGGUGCUGGAAGACGGGCUGCUAUAUAUACAACAGGCGAGAGCUACAGAGGCUAGCGGUCUGGUAUCAGUACUUCUGGAGGGUCCGCCAAACAGUGGUAAAACGGCUAUGGCCGCGGAAUUGGCCAAGAUGUCCGACUUCCCAUUCGUCAAGGUGUGCUCGCCUGAGGACAUGGUCGGAUUCACCGAGUCUGCGAAGUGCUUGCAGAUCAGAAAGUAUUUCGACGACGCGUACCGCUCAACCCUCUCCUGCAUAUUGGUGGACAAUAUCGAGCGUCUGUUAGACUACGGGCCGAUUGGACCGCGGUACUCUAACUUAACCCUGCAAGCUCUACUCGUGCUACUGAAGAAACAACCGCCUAAGGGACGCAAGCUACUCAUCCUGUGUACUACUAGCAGAAGGCAAGUGCUAGAAGACAUGGAAAUGUUAUCCGCGUUUACUGGCGUCCUGCACGUGCCCAAUCUGUCACAGCCGGAACACGUCAUGGCCGUUCUGGAGCAGAGCGACGCCUUCUCCAAGCGGGACCUCGCUAAGAUACAACAGAACCUACGUGGUGCCAAAAUCUUCAUUGGCAUCAAGAAGCUACUGGCUCUGGUGGACAUGGUGAAGCAGACAGACGAGGAGUCGAGGGUAUUCAAGUUCGUGACGAAAAUGCAGGAGGAAGGUGGUCUAGACCUCGGCACCACCAUACAAUAAGAUCUGCUCCAACCUUAGGAAAUAUCGCAUACCACUCCCUCACCCGACCAUAGACGAACGGAAAGCUCACCCUGCUCGUCCGAUCUCAAAAGCUACGAAAUAGACUACGACGACGUCAGCGAACACAGACGAGGCAUGACGGCCCGAGGUGACGAAAUUUCACCCGCUAAGAUCCCGCUCAUGAGAAUCAGAAGCGUUGAAAUCGUGUUCGAAGACGAAAUGUCUACUUGCACCGAUACAGGCCUACUAGAUCGUAGUCUGGAAUUGCUUCUCUCUGAUAGCGAUGACUCGACCAAAUGCAUCGAUGAUUUGGAACAUUUGCACAAUGAGAGGGACGAUGAUUCAGUAACACUCAACGCUGAAGAGUUGUCCGAUGAUAAUACUUUACCUGUAAGUAGAAAAAUAUUUCAGCCUAGUAUUAUUAUUUCUGAAGAUAAGGUUGAUUCUACAAUUAAAGAUAAAGUUGAGCUAUCUAUUAUCGAAGAUAGAGUGCUUAUGUCUUCAGUUGAAGAUAGGAUACGUGAUUCUGCGAUCGAAGAUAGAACAAAUGAAUCUACAGUUGAUGAUAGGGCGCUUGAAUCUGCAAUCGAUGAUAGAGUUCCUGAUUCUACGAUUGAAGAAAGAGCCAUUGAAUCUACGAUUUAUGAUAGAGGAUUCGAGUCAAUGAUUGAUGCCAGAGCAUUUGAGUGUACAAUUGAAGACAAAGUACUCGAAUCAAACGAGGACAGCGCUUCGCUAAAUCUCUCGGAGUUGGGUGAUUCCGGCCGUUUCACAGAAGAAGCUUCGACAUCUCAUUUCGACAUGCAGAAAUCAUACGACGACGCCGCGCUUUCUCAUUCAUUCGACGCAGUUAACAUUGAUGACGUCACGAACGUGAAAUGCGACUUAUCCGAUAGUAUAUCUAAUAUGGACGAUAGAUUGUAUGAAUAUAUCGACACCGACAGCAACAGUUCGGAGGAUACGGCGCUAUGCGACGGACCGCCAGAGGUUAGGUUUAUUCAGCAUGACGUAAAUCAAGAUGAACAAAUAUGCGACAGCUAUGAUUUGCAGUAUGAUUCCUUUGUUGAUAUGGGUAAAUUUUGAAUGUUCUAUUUAUUUUAUACAUGAAGAUAGUGUGAAGUUGUAGUUACGGAGAUAUCAUUAAAUUAUGGGCGAACCAAGAAAUAGUGAAAGUAAAAUGAUUAGGAUCAUUUCAUACUAACGCUAUGUGCGAAAGCGAAGAAGCGGUUUAAAAUUAUUAUUACUCUGAACACCGAUUCUGCCUUUGUAAAACAAGGGUUUUAUAGAACCUGUAUAUAACUAAUAGCUACAACUUCACACUGGUUUAAAAUUAUUUCUGAUGCUACUAUUGUUUGGUGCAUAUUGUUAUAAAAGUAUUAAAUUUUAUCCAUAGUGGAUAUUACAGUAUACAACAUUCCAAUGACAGAAAAUGUUUAGAAUAUAACCUGAGCUAUAUAUACCUACAAACCUUUAGCUAUUGCGCAGAGGGCUAAGUGGUAUGCGGCUCUAGUAACCGUGCCACUACUAGAAUGUCUUGUUAAAUAAAAGGUUUCUCCGAGUCUUAUUUGUAAAUAUUGUUCUUUGUAGAUAAACUUUACCCUAUAGACUGUGGCAUGGUUACGAUAUUUCCGGGGUUGUAAGUCUAGACAAUAGCUCAAUUUCACUAAAACAAUUUGUUUUGUAUAGUAUUUUGUAUUGUUUUACUUUAAUUUUUUGUUACGACGCAGCUUGGGCUGUUAAAUUAGUUUUUCAGGUAGGCGUUACGACACUGAAUAAUAGAUAUAUUUAAUGUAAGAGUAAUGUCAAUAUUUAAUAUUUAUUGUUAACUAAUAGUGUUACAAGUUUAUCUGGUGUUGUCUUUGUAGAAGUGAAUAUGUUGAUACAAUUUUCUUGAACACUCAAUUAGCAGAGUACAAUUAUUAAGAUAAGCUUUAGAUGUUGUACUUAUUAUUAAGUAUUUGCAAUAUUAGGUUAUAUUUUUUGAGCCUAAACCAAGAACGGAUUGUUAGUUGAAAUUGUUGGUUAAAGUAAUUUUAUAAAGACAGAUUUGCAAGUAUGAAAACUGCCAAAUACCUCUUUACAACAAUAAAAGAGAUCUAAAGAAAAUAUAAAUGUUAGCAACCAAAGCCGUAUUCCCUCCUAUGAUUAUAUUAUUACGUUUAAAACAGUUAGUACCUAUAUUGCUAUGUUUUAAAUUUUUAAUUAUAUUGUUUGCUUUGAGCAAAAUUUUGUUGCAUAUUUCAAAAGUAGAGGAACAAUCAGAGAUUUAACACUGUUGAAAUUUACAAUUUUUGCACUUCUUUAGGAACAAAAAUAAAUAUUACAAAAACUUAGCACCUAGAAGCUUAAAAGCAAAAGGAUAAUACUUUAAAUUAUACCGAUAAUAUUUGGAAUGGUGUCAAAGUAUAUAAAACUAUCUACUUAAAAAUAAUUACAUGUAAAUUAUUGUCAUUGUGAUUGAUGUAUCAAAAAUAUUAAAUUUAUUUCUAAAGCAAAAGCUUACAUUUUACUGCAUGUUUUAUCUAGGAAUAUUACAUAAAGAAGUCGCUUUGAAUGUUUAAAAAUUUCACAACAAACUUUGUAGCUGCUCAUAAACACAUUAAUAAUCAAUUAUUAUGAGAUAGCAAAUGUACAUUCCUUGUCACUCCUUGCAUUUUCAUAAAUCAUUACUAUUAUACUCAAUAUUUCAAGUAAUUAAUGAUGCUUUUAGAUCAAAUGGUAUCUUAUAAUAGUACCAAGUAAUAGUGACUAGCGUUUGUGAUGUAACAGAAUUUUUGUAGAUUUAUAAUAUCUGCAUAUCAAGUUCAAUUUAUUAGUACUUAUGUUUUAUUAAAUGUUAAAAAAUGGAAUGCUUACAAAUGGAUGUAUAAAAUUGUAAUCAGUAUUGAUCAGGUUUCAGAUUGAUGAAAUAAAAUUAUAUCAAGUCAG